GCAUUCCUAAGGUCCAGAGUUUCUCUGAGUUUUCCAGUGAGUGUGUAGUGUGUGGAGAAGUUUGAGGGGUCCCUGUGAGCCUCAGCAUCCAGCCACCACUGUCUCUGUGCCUACGCACCAGCAUGCAUCUUACCCAGGACCCGAAAGUUGAGAUAGGAUUGAGCGAUCAGGGGACGGUCAACCCUGCCUUUGGGGGCCCAGACAGUGGUCAGUCAGAGAGGAUUGACAUGGAUGGGGCUCACACGGAGGGUCUGGAAGAAGGUCAGGAGGACCAGAACAAAGGCCUGGACCUGGUCUACUCCAUCAAUGAUAGGCCACCAUGGUAUCUCUGCAUCCUGCUGGGCUUCCAGCAUUAUAUCCUGGCAUUCGGUGGCAUAAUUGCAGUGCCUCUGAUCCUGGCCGAGCCUCUCUGUAUUGGAAACAACAACGCCGCCAAGAGCCUACUCAUCUCCACCAUAUUCUUUGUGUCGGGUGUGUGCACAUUGCUUCAGACCACUAUCGGAACCAGGUUGCCAAUCCUCCAGGGGGGUACCUUUAGCUUCAUCACCCCCACUCUGGCCAUACUUGCUCUGCCUAAGUGGCAGUGCCCUGCCCCCAGUGCCAUGUCCCAGCAGCUUCAAAAUGCCACUGGCUCCCUGCUAAUGGACUCUGAUGAGGUGUGGAAGUUACGCAUGAGAGAGAUCCAGGGGGCCAUCUUGGUGUCUUCCCUGCUCCAGCUAGUACUGGGCUUGUCAGGUCUAGUUGGUCUGGUGCUGAAGUUUAUCGGGCCCCUGGCCAUUGCUCCCACCAUCAACCUCAUUGGCCUCUCACUCUUCAUAGAAGCCGGGAAGAAAUCUGGGGCCCACUGGGGAAUAGCUGCCCUGACAGUGUGCCUCAUCCUUCUGUUUUCUCAGUACCUGAGCAAAGUUGAAGUUCCUUUAAUUGCUUACAAGGAUAAGAAGUGGGAAGUGUUCCAGUAUCCUCUCUUUAAGCUGUUUUCAGCUUUGUUUGGGAUGUGUGGUGCCUGGUUGGUCUGCUUUUUGCUAACCAUCUUUGAAGCCCUUCCCUCUCAGCCGGACCAGUAUGGCUACACAGCCAGGACUGACGUGAACCUGGAUGCCAUCACCAGCGCACCAUGGUUCCACGUCCCAUAUCCAGGCCAAUGGGGCAUGCCCACAGUGAGUGUGUCCUCGGUGUUGGGCAUGAUGGCUGGCGUCCUUGCCUCCACCAUGGAGUCCAUUGGGGACUACUAUGCCUGUGCCCGUCUGUCUGGUGCCCCUCCUCCGCCCACCCACGCAAUCAACCGGGGUAUCGCUGUGGAGGGCAUUGGCUGCAUCCUGGCGGCGCUGUGGGGCAGCGGGAACGGCACCACAUCCUAUAGCCAGAACAUUGCAGCACUGGGCAUCACUAAAGUUGGCAGCAGACUGGUCCUUCAGACCGCUGGUCUCCUGAUGAUUAUCCUAGGACUCGUUGGGAAGUUCGGGGCCAUUUUCAUCACCAUCCCAGACCCGGUCAUCGGAGGCAUGUUCCUCGUCAUGUUUGGAAUGAUUGCAGCUGUGGGAAUCUCCAACCUUCAGUACGUGGACCUGAACUCCUCCAGGAACUUACUCAUCUUGGGCUUCUCAACCUUCAGUGGCCUGGUGCUGCCUACCUGGUUCCACUCAAACCCAGGCAUCAUUGACACAGGGGUAAAAGAACUGGACCAAGUUAUAGUUGUUCUCUUCACUACGCAUAUGUUCAUCGGUGGGUUCUUUGGAUUUGUAUUGGACAAUACGAUUCCAGGCACUGAAAAAGAGAGGGGCAUUAAAAGUUGGCGUAAGAAAGUGACAGAGGAAGGCAGCACGAUGACAGAACGGUCCUGCUACGAUAUACCUUUUUGUACUAACUGUUUACAGAGGUUCAAGUUCUUCCAGUACCUGCCUUUCCUUCCAUCUUACAAGUCUCCAGAACUUAGAACAUAAGAAUGUCUCCAGUCUUAACUGGACCCCAGGAAGACUAGAGGUGGCUAAGGUGCCAACUAAUGGAGAUCUGAAGAAUAAAGAACAAAGAACUUGUGAUUAGCACACUGUUAGCACCACUAGUAUUCUCCACCACACUUUUAGACUGAGUCUGCCAGCAGCUGUGGCUUUACUGCCAAUGGCAUCAUAACACAGGGAGGUGGGUACAGACUUGGAACUGUCACACACCUGGUUCUUCUCUCUUAUUUGUCAAAAUCCAAUGCAAUUACUUUCCAUUUCACUGGAAGCGAGGGGGAGAAUUCGCAAAUGCAAAUAAAUUACAUAUUUAAGUCAA